AUGCUGUCAUGUGACUGCGUGUGGCGCCGGCUGAGGGAACGGGUCACCGAUGCUCCUACGAUGAUCUCAAGGGUCAGAAUCCCCAACAUGCGAGACUUCCACAUAUACCGUUUGAUAGACCAUAAAGGGGGAGGUCACCUGAUGGACACGUACCUGAAGCUGGGCAUAGAGGGAGCGAUGAGUUACCUGAGACCGUACCUGCCUGUGUACGUGUACGAGACGGAGAGCAGUGAAGCCACGGUCACCUGGGCGUCGUGGAGGAGGUGGAGAAUGGCAAGAGAAUACGCACAGUCGAGGGAGGAGUCUGCGGAAAUUGACCUGAAUUGCGAGGCUGAGCUGCCUCCCUGUGCUGCUGACAGUUGGCAGGGCAACCAGAGGUACAUGGUGUUUGAGGAACACGGCGCGUGUUGGAAGUUGGAACACCGCGGCCUGUACGGCGAAACGCUGCUGCACUUGCUUCUAGAGGGCAGCACAUGCAUUCACCUGGAGAUAGCCGAGGCGCUGCUCCGCCUCUAUCCCAGACUGAGUGUCGACAUCUAUGAACAUCCUGAGCUAUACGGUCAGAGCGCGCUUCACCUCGCCGUGUUGAACGGACAUUACGCGCUAACGAAGCUGCUCGUUAACUCCGGCGCGAGGGUCGACCAGCGAGCCAGCGGCCGCUUCUUCCGGCCCGACGACUGCAAGCUGCCGAAGCGGACCACCCCGACCGAUUACAAAGGCUGCGCAUAUUUCGGCGAGUAUCCGUUUCGGUGGCGGGUGUUUGCGGCCUGCCGCGGGGACACGCAGUGCUACGACUUGCUGUUGGAGGCAGGAGCGAACCCUGACCUGCAGGACUCGCUGGGAAACACUGUGCUCCACAUGCUCGUCAUCAUCAAACCUGGCAGGCACUGCAAGCGUGCGGCCGAUUCUAACAUAGAGAACGACGCGGGCCUCACGCCGCUGACGCUGGCCGCACACAUGGGCCGUGAGAGUCUGUUCAACGCCAUGCUGGAGCUAAACUGUGAAGAGCUGUGGCGAUAUAACAAUAUUAGCUGCUCCGUCUACCCUCUUCAUGCAAUCGACAGCAUCAGCCCGGACGGAGGGACUAAUUGGAAUUCGGCCAUCAUGAUUAUCGUGAAGGGAGAAACUAGAGAACACCUGGAAAUGCUGACUGGGGGAAUAAUCCAGAAGUUGCUCGAAGAAAAAUGGGUUACAUUUGGCAGAGCGACAUACACAAAGAAGUUGUGUCUACACAUCCUGCAUCUAUCGCUGCUCAGUAUCGCAGUAUACCUGAGACCUCACCGCGGCGUCGACGCGGCCGCCGUAACAUAUGCGACCACCUGGGUGCGCUACGUCGCGGAGGCCGGUGCAGUCCUCAGUGCCACCGCUUUCCUCUUCCUGCAGAACAUCUGGGAAAUAAAGGUCCAGGGCUUCAGCAGAUUCCUGAAGAAUCUGCACUACGCACCGUCGAAGGCGUGUUUUACCUUGUCCUCCAUCGUGCUGCUCCUGGCCGUGGUCGCACGCUUCAUGCUGUCGCCAUACAUAGAGGAUGCUCUCACUGCCGUAGCCAUUCCUGGAUGCUGGCUUUACCUGCUCUUCUUUGCAAGGAGCAUGCGGCUUACAGGGCCGUUCGUGACGAUGAUUUAUCUGAUGCUGCGAGGCGACUUGUUUCGAUUCUCUAUCAUCUAUCUGAUCCUCAACAUGGCGUUUUCACCGGCUUUCUACCUGCUAUUCCAGAGUGCAAAUAUAAUCUGUGCCAAUGACGCCACUAUGAAUGUGACGGAGUGGGACACUCUGAGUAAAACGGGCGCGAUGCUAUUCCAAAUGAUGCUGAAUUCUUUUAAGUACGAGGAGUUUUCCUGCACGCACAAGCCAGUGCUUACCAAGUUUGUCUUUGUUUCCUACAUGAUCCUCGUAUCGAUUCUCCUGGUCAACAUGCUCAUAGCAAUGAUGGGUAACACCUACCAGAGCAUUAACAGCGUUUCAGAGAAAGAAUGGAGGAGGCAGUGGGCCGCGGUGCUCCUGCUGCUGGAGAGGUCCUGCGACAAGACGACGUCUCUGCGCCACAUGCACGACUACUCCAUCGUGUUCCCCGCGGGACCGCAGCAUCCAGGGGGCGCCUCCGUCGACGCGCGAGGUCUCAUGGUCAUCAAGACGGUGGCGAAGACGCGAGCAAUGCAGCGACGCUACGCCGUGGGGAAUUGGACGAGGGUUGUCAACAUGAUCAUAUCGACCCCGGCGCGGACACCAAGAACGCGUCGCUCUCCCUCGCCCCCGCCUCCGCCGCACCAACGACAAGUGCGCAGCGUGCCGCGUGGGCGGGAGGAGAGAACGACGAAGAGGUCCACACUGAGGGCUCCGUCUGUCGGUCGUAAAAUGUUUUCAUGUCAAGCGGCGAGCGUCUCCAAAGGAAGUAUCCGGGGAGGUGACGAGGGUGCUGGGACGUGGAAGCGAGGACCAGAGGAGAGAUUCCUUGUCCAACCCGCACCAGUCGUGCAUCGAAUGUCGUUCGGCCGAUGCCACGGACCGCGCGACAUUAGUCCGCUCCGAAGGAGUUUACCUCACAUUCUGCAGUUCGUGUCACUACCGGGUGACAUCACCAGCAAUGAAUUUCUUUCCGAACAAGAAAAAUCGGACGACGUCGCCGAAAGCAACGUCAACGAGAAAAAAGACCCUUCCCACUUUUUUAUCACCACUCUCGACGAAAACGAUGGUAAAGCGACGCCCGCUACGCAAACGUUUGAGAUGAAGUCGUCACGGGCAAGCCAGGGGGAUGCGCAGAAGAACGACGCGUGUCAGCGGAAGAAGAAGAACUGCUUGCAAUUUUCGCGACUGUCACGCCACCUACAGAGAUCGUCUAAAAUCACUUGCAUAAGUAGUUUCACAGGUAAUGACUGCCAAUUGGUCCUUUCGGGAACUGAGUGUGACAAUUAAGCGACGAUAGAAGUGAAUGAUAUUUAGCACCAUCUUAAACAACAUGUCACAAACCAUGCAAUGGCAUGCAUAUAUGUAUUAUUCGUGUUUGUAUUCUUCAUCACUAUAUAUUGUUAUAUGACUCCGUGUGUUUUGUUACAGGGAUUAUUCUGUUGUGCGAUAUAUGUAAUGCUAUUCUACUGCGCAGUUGGGAAUUUAGCAUGUGCAGUGAAUUUCUGUACCAGUGCACUUGUUUUCCCUUCCCUCUCUGGCAGCUCACAGACCCAUAGCUGCCUGACAAUGUUGUGAUAGUCAGUUUGUGCAGUUAAAAUAUUUCUCUGGGUUCUUGUUUGGGCUAUUAUGUGUUGUGAGUAGUUUUUGUCACUCCAGUGAGAUGUUAGAGAACUAAGAUGUCUGAUGCAUUUUAGUUUAUCAUGUAUAACAGUUAUCGGUCGUAAACUUGUCAAUCAGUAUUUACCAACGAACUGAUAAUUUUAGAAUGCUUCAUACCUCAUUCACGUGAACUAUUAAUGAUUGAAAUAUCAUGUUGAAAUGCCAUAGAUUGGGUGUUUGUACGUGUAAUAUAUAAUUAAGACAUUUAUUUUUGCUGGAAAGCGACCCAUGGAACUACACUGUGUAUCCUAAUGCCUAUUCAAUUACGCCACCUGUUCAUAUAUAUUCUAUUUAUUUUAUCAUAUCUAUAUAAUAUAUUGUAAAUUCUCAACAGCGUUGGUUUGUGUAUAGAUUUAGGCGUCCUUGAA